AUGGCGGGAAUCUCAAGUAGUAAUCAGAAUAAUAAUUCGAAUCAUCAACAAGUGUUCGAAUGGAGCCGCCAAACCCAGGUUCUCGCCAGCUGCUACUCUGUCAAUCCCUGCACCGGGAGUCUCAGCAGUUUCCAUUAUUGCACUACAGGGCCCAGUGGUAUCCCUGAGGUCCCCUCAGGGCAUAAAUUCCCCCCGACAAGUCCUCCCACUAAAUACUCGGCCACAGCAGUGGUGGCUGAUGAAUUCCUGUCGCCGCGAGAGGGACUGGAAUUCAAUGGGGAGGCAGUGCAAACUAUCACGGAAGAGUGUGAGAGGCUCUUCUGCGACACAUUGUGGACAUUGUUCCUUGGUGAGAGGCAACUUGCUCCACAACAGUCGCUGGUGAUAGGUGCGGUACCUAAUAACAAUAAACACGUAAGCGCAUUCGAAGCGAAUGCAAAGAUAUCUGGGCGGAUUCAGAACUGUAUUGAAGUGUGGGACUACCCUGGAGACACGAUCUACAGAGGAUUUGUUGCUGCCGACGGCGACCGGAGAACUCUGUUUGUAUUUUUCGACAAUCACACAUGUGCGGGGCAAGGGUUCAAGUCUGGAUUGAUGGCGCUGUUCGAAAUCGCCAGCAGUCCCGAGCUUGAUUGCUCCGAAAUGAUUGCAUGUGUUGAUCGAUCGAUGGACGCAGCGGACCUAGUUGUUGCAAUGCGAAAUUUAGGCUGGGUUGGAUUUGAAUUAAGUAGUUUGAACGACUGGGUAGUUCCUCCAUUGAAGGAGGCUAUUAUCAGUGGUAAAUGGUUAUUUAUGACAGUGGAAAUCUGA